AUGCUACGUCUAAUAUCGUGUAACGCACUCUUCCGUUCCACUGCAAACUUGGCUUUGCUCCGAAAUCCGACAUGUCGAAUUGCAACAAGGCGAAAUAUAUCAUUCAAGUUCCCCAAUAUAAGGCAGGCAAUUGCCGAAGCCAACAGAAUCGAUGAAAAGUUUGAGGAAGCGGGCAAGUCGCCCGUGGAGACAAAAGUUCAGCAAAUCAUUGCAGCAGUGGACGGGGUACCGGAAUUGCUAUACCAAUUGAAUUUUUUCUUUUGCGAGUGCAGAAGAAUUGGCAUAUUGCAAGAUAACGCGGGACAACGUCAACAUUCGAUACGGUACUGGCCCGUUUUCAUGUUUCGGUUGAUUCCGUUGAAUAGCGCGUUUUGGGAUACGUGUUAUUUCAUGAAUAAAGCGCAGCAUACCCACAAGUUGCAUCCUUUCAAGAUCAAUGAUGUGGGAUUGUUGGACCCAAAGAACUUUCCUCUUGAGUUUAUAGAGGAAUUGGCCACGGGGAGGUACAAGGGGCUUGAUUUUCGCAAUACCUCUAUUAUGACGUUUGCAAAGCCAAAGUUUGCUGAAACCAAAGAGGGAGGAAAAAUUGAAAAAACUGUAGAUAUCAAGUACUAG